ACUUGUUCCGCUAUAGAGUAUGUGUAGAUACAAUAAGUCCAUAUACAUAUAUAUAUUUGGUUAUUUGUAAGUGGGCUCAUUUAAUAUUGUGCAUUCAGUUAUAAAAGUGCGCUUGCGACUUAGAAACUCCAAUCGAACGUUGGUGACAAGCGAUUACUCCAAAUUGAAUUAGACAAAUGACGAAUGUAAAAUAUGUAUUACUAAGUAAACAUGAUACUAGUGAAAAUGAUUUUGAACACCAAAGUCAAAGUGUUUUUGAAAAAAUCUUAGCAUUUGUCACGCAAAAACAAUUUGCUAGAAUUUUAACAUUUUGUGCCGUAAUUUCUACUCUUCCGCUGCUGCAUACGCGAUUCUACUAUGAUAAAACGAAACACUUUUAUGAAACCACAAUUCAAGUUGAAGUGGAGGAAAAUAAUAUAACCACCACCGAGUCUGUUCUGAAUGUGACAAAUCACAACGAUAUAUCAAAAUACGAGUACUUCAUACACACGUCACAAUGUCGCAUACCGUAUGUGGAACCUUUUGGGGAGAGUGUUUUAAAAAUAUUUAAUCCACAUAAAUACAAAUACACCAAUUGUACAAAGGAUGAAGCUUUCAUUACAAGCAUUUACCAACUAAAUGCACGAAAGUACGUUUUACACAUGAAUAUGGAUGCAAUAGAACGCGCUGUUAAGCCGUUAAAUGCCAUUGCUACGGAUGUACGCUGUUGUUAUCGGCAAAUCGUUAGAGCUGGAAGCGGAGGAUCAGCUGAUCUCAAGUAUAACCUCUUAAACUGUGUUAUAUUUCAUCAGGACUUCUUGGUACCGAAACAUAUAGACUAUCUAAUCACGGAGUGCUACCUAGGCUCCAAUGAUAAAAAACCGCUACAGAAGGACGCCUUUUCAUUUAUACAAGCAACGAAAAAAACAAACAGCUCAGAAAGCGCUUCCGAAUCCAAAGUUUCGGGUAUAAGGAAGCCAAGUGUUUUGCUAAUUGGUAUUGACGCAGUUUCCCGUAUUAAUCUUCGUCGCACAAUGCCACAGACGUUUAAAUAUCUGCAAAGAAAUCAAUGGGUCGAACUGUUGGGCUACAACAAAAUUGGUGAUAAUACCUUUCCCAACCUCAUGGCACUGCUGACAUCGUACAAUUUAACGAUGGCUGAACAGAAAUGCUUGCCCAAAACUGUAGGAGGACUUAACGAUCCAAUUUGUAACUUUAUUUGGAACAAUUUUAAGCAAUUUGGGUAUAAAACCGCAUAUGCAGAGGAACCAAGUUCAAUGAGCACUUUCAAUUAUAAAAAAAAGGGAUUUAAGCGGCCACCGACCGAUUAUUAUCUACGUCCCUUGACAUUGGCAAUAGAAAAAGUAUUGAAAGUGACCAAAAAGGCUGGACUGUCUUACUGUGUUGGCCGCAAACACUAUGGCGAAUACAUCUAUGAUUAUGCUUUACAAUUUGUGAAUGCUUACCCAGAAGAACCGCUCUUCGGACUAUUCUGGACAAAUUCCUUCAGUCAUAAUGCCUUUGAUAUCGAAGCAACGAUGGACGUGAAGGUGUUGGAGUAUCUGGAAAAAUUGAAGACAGAUGGCGUACUAGAGCGUUCGAUUGUGAUUUUUCUUGCUGAUCAUGGCAUUCGUUGGGGUCCAUUAUUGAAAUUAAAAUCCGGUUUCUUAGAGGAACGUUUGCCAAUGUUGUUUUUAUCACUACCACCGUGGUAUCAAAAACAACACCCAGACUUCGUGAAAAUUCUACAAAUUAAUCAGAAACGUUUAACGACACCUUAUGAUAUUUAUGCGACUAUGAAGCAUAUCCUUGAAGUGGCGCAGCCAGAAAAGGUAUUUUCUAUUCUUAAUGGCACUACACGGGGUAUUAGCAUUUUUCGUGAAAUACCCGAAAAUCGCACUUGUAAUGAUGCUGGCAUUCCCGAGCAUUGGUGUACCUGUGUACCAUAUGAAAUUGUACCCACAAGCGAUGAAGUCGCAAAACAUGUAACUUUAUUGGUGCUAAUGGAAAUCAAUCAAUAUCUGGUUAAUAAAAAUAUUAGCGAUAAAUGUGCCGAAUUGAAAUUAAAAACAAUCGUCAGUGUGCAAAUGAAAAUGAUCAAAGUACCGAACGAGUCUACAUAUCGUAUAAGUUUCGAAGUGAAUCCUGAAAAAGCGAGAUUUCAGGCUACGGUCGCUUUUAAUAUACCAACAAAUACUAUCAAAACAGAUGUGGAAGAUAUCUCGCGCCUGGAUUCGUAUGCAAAAACUUCCAAUUGUAUUGAUUUGAAAGAGGAGAAAAAAUAUUGCGUUUGUAAGAAAUAGCAUUAUUUAUCAUGACGAUUUGAGCAAAGCUUCGAAUAGCUUCAACCUCCUAAGGGGUGGAAGCAGGUUUUAAAUUUGUAAAUGUAAAUUGUGAAAUUUUAGAACCUUAUUUACUAGCACUUAGUUAUAUUAUAUUUUUCAUUUAUAUUUAUUUUUGAGAAAUAUAUAUUUUGUAAUACUGAUAA